AUGAGGCGGGGGAAUAUAUUCAGAGAAGGUAUGAAAUUCACGUUUACUUUACCAUUCGCGUGAACUCGCCUCUUCUCACUCUCAUUUCAAAAAUAUCAGCAAAUCGUUUGAGUGACUUCUUUUUCUUAUUUGAGCUUGUUUGGCCGUCAAAAACGUCUGGUUUUUCUGUGAUUUAUCUCAAAUUCACAUAUUUCAGAAUAUCUAAUAAGCUGUGAAAUGUACUCGAAUAUAAACGAAGAGGAAAUUAUAAAAAAUGUGGAUUUGAGCAUCAAAAGGAAUGGAACAUUCGACAAAAUCAAGAAGGAAGUUACUGAGCGCUUGAAAGACUCCGCAGAACUUCAGAAAAUAGAAGUACGUUUCAUUUAUUUUUUAAUUUGUGCAAAAUCCAGUGUUUAUUUCAGAAAGAAAUACAAAGUGAAAUUGAAACCAUUUUAAAUAAUUAUGGCGAUUUACCAAAAGAAGGUAUUCACAGAUUGGUGAGAAGUAAAAUUCAAGAGCAUUCACGAUUGAAAAAUGAGAUCAACCGGCAAGCGAAAAUUGAGUUGGAUAAACCAAAUAUGAAGAAAUUAUUGAAUGAUUCGGUGAGAGAGAAAGUUUCCGAAGAAGUUGACAAAUUCCUAUAA